CUGUUUGGUUCACGUUUACACUGGGAACUUCUAACAACUGGAUCACCGGGAUAGGUUUUAUAAACAAAGUUGAGAAGAAGGAAAAGAAAGGAAUAGUGAAUUGAACAGCACACCAUGGCUACUGAAGAUCACGAUUAUACAAACAGUUCUAAUAUGAACAAGUUGGAUUACAGUGUGCAUAAAUAUUCUAGUGUUUCGCCGAAUUUUACUGCUCAGCACAUUCAAGAAAAUAAGCAAACUGAUCAGUCAUCAAGAUGGUCUUCAGACUCUAACAUUCCUCCACAAUACAUUACUUUGAAGCUGGCCAAUCUUUCCAUUGUCAAAACAAUAACAUUUGGGAAAUAUGAAAAGAAUCAUGUAUGCAAUCUCAAGAAAUUCAAAAUUUUUGUUGGAUUAAACGAUGAACACAUGAUGGAAUUACUUGAUACAGGUUUGAGGAAUGACAAUGUUGAAGAAACCUUUAUGCUGAAGCAUAAAAUAGGUGGCCGUGAUUUUCCAUGCAGAUAUGUCAAAAUUAUGCCCCUUCAGUCCUGGGGUCCUUGCUUCAACUUUAGUAUCUGGUUUGUGGAAAUGAAUGGAAUCAGCGAUCCAGAAGUUGUUGAACCUGCGCUAGAGUGGUUCAAACAGUAUCAAAAGCGAGAAGCCAUACGACUCUGUCUGAAACACUUUCGCCAGAUGAACUAUAACGAUGCAUUUGAAGUGCUGCAGAGAGAAACUAAUGUGGAGUUGGAGGACCCCAUGCUUAGUCAAUUGCACCGCCUUCUGGUGGAAGACGGGGACUAUGAGGCAGCCGAGGCAUUCAUGGAGAAGGCCCUUGUUGAUGGGCUGUUGGACACUUACAUCUCACAGCAGGAGUACCGCGCGGUGUGGCGCACACUGUCCAGUGAGAGGCCACAGCCAGGGAUGCGUGGAGGCCAUCAAAUGUGCAUGGACCCGAACACAGAGACCAUCUACCUGCUGGGCGGUUGGGACGGCAACCAGGACCUUAGUGACCUAUGGACCUACCAAGUGUCACGGCGAGAAUGGACCCUGAUCUCCCGUGACACAGAGCUGCAGGGUGGGCCAAGUGCAAGAUCAUGUCACAAAAUGUGCUUGGAUCCAGAGAGAAGACAGAUCUUCACGUUGGGAAGGUAUUUGGAUACGCAGUUCAGGUCGCCUAGCAAUUUAAGAAGUGACUUCUACAUGUAUGACAUAGACACAAAUCGCUGGACUCAGAUCACGGAGGAUACAGCAUCUAUGGGUGGACCCCGUCUGAUCUUUGACCACCAGAUGUGCAUGGAUGUAGCCGCUCGCACCAUCUACGUGUUCGGUGGCCGAGUUCUCACACCUAACUCCGGAUGUUGUUUCAGAGUGUCAGAGGAGAGGCCUGGGUGUUUGGGCGGUCUGGUCGGGACUGCGGAACCGAUAUUCUCUGGCCUGUACAGUUAUCAGGUGUCCACCAACACAUGGCGGGUUCUGUGCUCCGACAACCAGCCCCAGCCCGCCAGCAGUCCUGUGCUCCGCUCUAGAGUUGGCCACUCCAUGCUCUUCCACCCGAUUGAAAGGAAACUGUUCAUCUUUGCGGGACAACGCAGCAAGGAGUAUUUGAAUGAUUUCUUCACGUACGAUGUAGAUUCGGGAGUGGUGAAGCAGAUCAGUGAUGGCAGUAAGAGGCAGAUAAACUCUCUGCCAGCCGCUGGCUUUACGCAGCGAGCCACCAUCGACCCGACACUCAACGAGAUCUACGUUCUCUCGGGAUUGAGCAAAGACAAAGAAAAACGUGAUGAUAAUGUUCAAAACUCCUUUUGGGUCUACUAUAUAAACCAGGACAGAUGGUCUUGUGUUUACCAAAACGAGAACACCGGAGAACAGUACUGGAACAGAAUGCAACACGUGGAGCCAUGCCCUCGGUUUGCUCAUCAACUUGUAUAUGAUCAUGUAAAUAAAGUGCAUUACCUAUUUGGUGGCAACCCGGGACGAACGUGCUUGCCUAAAUUGAGGCUGGACGAUUUCUGGCGACUGUCGUUGAUCAAGCCUUCCCACUCACAACUCCUUCAGAGGUGCAAAGUUCUCAUCCGAACCUUCAGGUACCAAGAGUUGGCCAUGACCGAGAGUCUGACUGCACUACACUACCUGCAGACUGCCCUGUCAGAGAUCAUAGACCAUGAGGACCAGGAACAGACUAAGGAGUUUCAGCAGCUAGCGUCACUCAUCUUCCAGGACAAGAAGUGCAAUGUGGAUGGAGACUGCAACAGUCAUGAGCACAGGUUUAAACUUUAUGAGCAACUGGCUGUGUUCUUUCCCGAAUCCAUGACACAGCCGACAGCUAACUUGCUGGACCUCCUAGUAACUGAGCUCGUACCACUGUAACCGAACCUCUUCUUCCCACCGCCUAGUCAACCCACCCAACUCUGAACAUUCAAUGUCUUUCUUUAGGUCACUUAUUUUAGGUAAUCAUUAUGAAACCUAUAUUGGACUAUUGGAUUAUGUGUAAAUAUUGUUUUUGGAAAUUGUUAUUAUUGUAUACAUUUAUUAUUUAAUCAGCUCCAUUAUCGGUUUUUUUCUACUACUUUGGUUAUUCACUGUAAGAUAUUAGUAA